AUGGCAGUCUAUGAACGAAGAGAAAAUCAAAAGUUUCAAUAUUGUUUUCAAUCUGGCAACAUCACUUGUCUUAAGGAAACUCGAUCAACUGAAGUUUAUGUGAUUCUUUACAUCUUCUCAUCAACUGUGGUAAUGCUUACUAUUUGCGGAAAUCUUGUGGUGAUUAUUUCUAUAUCUCAUUUUAAACAGCUUCACACACCAACAAACUUCCUUGUGCUUUCACUGGCAGUAGCAGACUUUCUGGUUGGAGUAAUUGUGAUGCCUUUUACAAUUAUACGUGCUAUAGAAACAUGCUGGUAUUUUGGAAAUGUAUUUUGUUCCAUUCACACAGUAUUUUUUCUCUUGCUAACAUCUGUCUCAAUUAGCAAUUUGGUAUUCAUAGCGGUUGAUCGUUAUUUUGCAGUCUGUGAUCCAUUUUUCUACUCUAAUAAAAUCACAAUUCCAGUCACAAUACUGUUUAUUGCACUUAGCUGGUUAAUAUCUCUGUUUUACACUUUAGCGAUAAUUCACUUUAAAGGAUACAUUGAAGAUGUCACAGAACUAAAUAUCUGUCCAGGUGAUUGUGUCUUUGUAUUUAAUUCAACUUGGGGAACAAUUGAUAUGUUUGUGACAUUUCUUUUUCCCUUUACCUUAAUGAUCUCAUUUUAUACAAAAAUAUUCUUUGUUGCAAAAAAACAUGCAAGAAUAAUAAAUUCCAUGACACAGCAUACAGAAUCAUCAGAAAGAAAAGAAAGCAACAUUCCAAAAAAAUCUGAAAGAAAAGCUGCGAAGACACUUGGUAUUGUAGUGGUUGUUUUUAUUCUGUGUUGGGUGCCUUACUACAUUUCUACUCUUCUAGUGCCAUAUAUGCAUGUAGAUGAUCCUUCUUUAAUAUUACAAGCUUUUGCCUGGAUUGCUUAUUGUAACUCUAGCAUGAAUCCAAUUAUUUAUGCUUUAUUUUACCCUUGGUUUCAGAAAUCACUAAGGCUUAUAGUGACAUUAAAGAUAUGUAAUCAAGGGUCUUCCUUGAUUAAUUUGUUCCCAGACAUUUAG